GUUAUCGUUUUUUUUUUUCAAUUCCCAUUGAUCCAUUGGUGUUUUUUUUCUGGAAUGGUUAUGGCCCAAAUAAUAUGAUGAAUAAUCCGAAGAAAUCGAGUGCCAUUCUAAAUAUUGAUGCUGAAAAUUUAAAAGUAACUUCUAUUGUCGACAAAAAUAACCAUGGAUCUACGGAUCAUUCCAUUUAUCAAAAUAAUUUGCUUCGAAUUGAUCCGAUUAGUCGAACAAAAUUGGAUACAUCAUCAUCACCAUACAAUUCUAUUAUGAACGAAUUGAUUCCCUAUCCAUCUAGUUGUAUUUCGACAAUUAUUGAAAAAGCUAACAAAGAUGGAACAAUCAUUAGCUCGAAUAUUAAAGAAUCAUCGAUUACGAGGGCGAAGAAACGAUCUAAGAAAAAGGGAAAUUUAUUCAAACAAUCAAGUCAAUCAACAAUUAGUCAAUCUAGUCAUGAUAACGUAGACGGUGAAUCAAUUAUAUCAUCGAUAUCAAACUGCCAAAACAAUUGUGCUAGUCAUGAAACGAAUAGCCAAAAUUUGAAUUUCAAUCAAUCAUUUGAUAAAUUAGAUAUGAGAGAUAUAGUUCGGCGUCUUUGUGAAAAAUCUAAUCAAUCAACACAAACGAAUGUAAUUUCGAUGGUUGAAAAAUGUAAUCAAUAUGUUCAGGUAAACAUUCCAAUAAAAGAUUCGAGCAAUACCGUUCGUAUUGAACAACAACAAUCGAAUCAAGCGUUGCGUAACCAGAUCAAACAAUUGACCUAUAUAAUUGAAGAAAUGUCAAAAGAACGAUCAAAUCGUGAUCUUUACAUACAUCAAUUACGAAAACAAUUAGUCAUGAUGGAAACACGGCUGAAAGAAUUUGAAAAUGAAAAACAACAACAAUUAAUAAAUAGUGAACAAUCGGAAUUGAAACAAGUAAUGUACAAUAAUAGUGAAACGGUAAUUGCCACCACCACCACUUGCCAUCAGAAAGAGAUUUCUUCAAUAAAAUUGGAAAAUGAACAACUCAAACAACGAUUAAAUGAAAUGAUUACCAUUAGACAAGAUGAAUUAAAAUUGAUCAAUGAAAAAGAUAAUGUUAUAAAUAAUAUGACUAUUCAUGUGAAUGGAUAUCAACAAGAAAAUAUUCGUCUAAAUAAUGAACUAUUACGGUAUCAUCAACAACAACAACAACAACAACAGCAGAACAAGAUCGAAACGGUAGAUAAUAAUAAAAAUAGAAAAAUGAUAAAAGAUGAACAAAAAGACAACGUAAUUGUCAUUCAUGAUAAUGAUAACAAUAAAAAACAUGAACAAGAUCUUCAGCUGAGAAAAAAAGAUGCUAUUAUAGUAUUAUUUAAACAUCGAUUGUUGGCCAUUCACAAUGAAUGUAGACGAUUACAACAACAAUUGAAUGAAUUGCGAACAACGGUGGUAAAUAACAAUAAAAUUUUCUUACAAGAAAAAAAUUCAACCAAACAAUUAUUAUCCAACACAUUGAUGAUACAAUUGUUGGAUGAAACAAAAUCUGAAAUCAUUCGUUUGAAACGAAUGAAUGAACAAUUGUUACAAGAAAAAUUACAUGAAAAAGAUCGAAAUAUUCAACUUAAUUGUGAAUUUCAAUCGUGCAUAAGUCAUUUACGAAAUGAAAAUGACCAACUUAAACAAAUGAACAAUGUAUUGGAAAAUACAUUGCAAACAUUUCAAAAUAAAGAUGAACAACAAGAAUUUGGUCAUAGUUCAGAACAAGUCAAUGAAUGUAAUAGUAAAAUUAAAGAAUUAGAACAAAAUCAAUUGCGAUCACAUGAAGAAAAUUUUCAACUAAAAGAAUUUAUUGGCAAAAUGGAAGAAAAUAAUAAUGUUUUACAAAUGAAACAUGAACAAUUAUCAAUGGAAUGUGAAAAAUAUUUAUCCAAAAUUAAUGAAAAUGUGAUUGAAAUUGAAAAAUUAACCAAACAAAAUCUGGAAUUAAACAAUGAGAAUGAACAAUAUCGAAAAGAAAUGCAGCAGCAGCAACAACAACGUCAAUCGAAUGAUGAUCAAACCACACAUACAAUUAUUGCUUCUCAAGAUGAUAAUCAUCGAUCAAUAACGGUUCAUUAUGAUGAUGAUGGUGAUUACAAUAUCAAUGACGACAUCAAACAAGUAAUCCUACAAAAAGAAUCAAUCAUACAUGAACAAGAAAUGAAAUUAAUUGAAUUGGGCAAACAAAUUGAUUGUCUAAAUCAUGAACGUUUAGAAUUUGAGAAUCGAAUCAAUCAAUCAUUGCAAUCAUUACAAUAUAAGGAAAUGGAAAUUCAACGAUUAAAUAUGGCCAUUCUAAAUGAUGAUGAUAAACAUCAUCAUCAUCAUCAUCAGAAUGAUAAUAAUCAACAGUUAAUCGAUCAAAGAAUUUCAUUACUUGAAAUAGAAUUAGCAAAAGAAAAAGAACGUUCAAAAGGAUUAAGUUUAACAUUGGCAAAGGAAAAGCUUAAAUCGUUGGAAAAAAUUAAACAAAAUCUGGAACAACAUUCAUCAUCAUCAUCAUCACCACCACAACAACAACAAAAGUAAGUUUGUGGUCACUUUGAUUUCUUUUGUCGAUAUGAUUGUUUUGAUUAUUUUUUCUUUUCUGUUUCUUUUGUCUCUGAUGUGUUCCUACUAUAUACCACCUUUUCAUAUUGUAAUGAUGAUUUGGUUGUUUUUUUUUUUGUCAUAUGUGAAAAACUCGUUCACGAUGUGUCUGUAGUAGCUUAUAGCUCAUAUAAUAAUAAUAAUGAUGAUGAAUGUUACAAAUGAUUCGUGCAUGAUUU